AUGCAAAGUUGUGAAAUAUCUUCAGACAGCACUGAUGAUCCUCUUAGUAGUGGCCCACGGAGAAACCGACAACCGCGAAUAGUAAUUAUAGGUGCGGGGCUUGCGGGCCUGUCUGCUGCAAAAUAUCUCCUUGACAGAGGAUUCACGGAUGUCACCAUCCUUGAGGCAUCUGAUCGGAUAGGAGGCAGAGUACAAAGUAUAAAACUUGACCACGCUACUUUUGAACUGGGAGCUACUUGGAUCCAUGGGUCAAAUGGCAACCCCAUCUAUCAUCUAGCAGAAGACAAUGGCCUGUUGGAGGAAACCACCGAUGGAGAGAGAAGUGUUGGUCGCAUCAGCCUUUACUCCAAGAAUGGAGUGGCACACUACCUCACCAGCAGUGGCCAGAGGAUCCCGAAAGAUUUGGUUGAAGAAUUCAGUGAUCUUUAUAACGAGGUCUAUAACCUGACUCAGGAGUUUUUUCAGUAUGGAAAACCAGUU